AGAAAAAAAAUGUUUUUUUCAAAGACAAUUAAAGCGGCAUUUGAAAAAUUAUUCAAUGCAAAACAACAAACUGUGAAAGGUGUACAAUCAAUAUUUUUUCGCAGUGGAUUUAUAUUUAUAGGCUCAGUAGUCGCUGUUUGGAUAUCAAUAUUUCUUUAUACAGCAUUUUACUAUGCAUACAUGCCAAAUAUGCAACACAUACGUCCUGUUCACUUUGAAUUUGAUUCAUGUGAAAAAUUAAAAGGACCAUGCGGAUGGCCGUCAGCAUUUGUACGAUUUACAAAAAAACAGCAAUUUUUGAUGGUUGGCCAGCCAUAUAAAAUAAAUUUAUACUUAGAAAUGCCAGAAUCAACAACGAAUAAAGAAUUAGGAAUGUUUAUGGUGUGCUCAAGCCUACAUACUCACAAUCACGGUAUCGUUGAUAAGUCUUGUAGACCUACGAUGUUACACUAUCGAAGUACAUUACUCCAUUAUCUUACGACACUGGCAUUUUCGCCAAUGCUAAUUUUUGGCGCUCGCGAAGAAAAACAAAACAUUAUGUUGGAAUUGUAUCGGAAUUUUGAAGAAGACCAAAAUCAUCCAGUUACGUCAAUUUCUAUUGAAAUACAAUCAAAAUUCAUUGAAUUUUACUCAGCUACUAUUGAAAUCCAUGCUCAUUUAUACGGAUUGAGAUAUCUAAUGUUCCAUUGGCCAAUAUUGACAGCCAUAAUCGGAAUCACGACCAACUUAUUCUUUAUAUCGCUUAUAUUUAUACUGUCGUACUUGCAUUUUACAUAUGAAGAAGAUCUCCAAGAUGAACAGUUUAGUUAUGAAAAAGGUCAAAUUGAAAAGAGCACCCACAAAAAUAGCACUGACUUAUCUUCAGAGUCAUCUUCCAUAGAAGACGCCUCGUUACUCGAUGAUCUCAUUAAAAGCAGCGAUGAAUCCAAUAAAUUAGAAUUAAAUUUACCUGAAGACAAAUCGCGGUAUAUUGAAGAAAUUAAAUCAAAAUCAAAGUGAAGUUAUUCACUUCCGUGGAUUUAUAAUGCAUGCAUGCAUAUGGGUAAGAUAGACACCGAUCUAAUUAAGUUUUAUACUUUCAACGAAAACGUAAUGUCUGGGUGAUUAAAUAUUUAUUGUUAAUUUUUUUUUAGUUGAUAUCUAUAAAAUUAUUUCGAAGAUUAGUUAAAUAUGAAUUUUUUGGUUAGUUAAUACCUUUAAAAUAUUUUUUAGUAAUGUGGUUAAAUAAUAAACCGAAAGAAAAUUUUUUUUUUUUGUCGUGUUAAAAGAAAAUAAUAAAUACGUGUGUAGGGUUAUUUUUUCAGAGAAAGUAGAAAAUGAAAUAUGCGUGAGUCAUGCAUUAAAAAUAUUUGUUGAGUAAACAGAGUGCAAAUAGUUUCGUGGAAAAAGAAUUAAAAAUAAAAAUAACAUACAACAUAA